AUGGCGAUCCGCGUUGCGGCUGAGGGGGCGGAGAAGGGGGCAGAGGACGCGGAGAAGAUGGAGGCGAACGGGGGUGGCUGGUACGAGGCCGCGGAGGAGGCGCCAGCGCCCGACCCUAGGAGGAACACGGCGCGGCUCGCGUUCCACCAUGCCGCCGAGGAGGCGGCGGACGUCGUCCACCACCGCGAGAUGACGAAGCUCAACACCGCCAUCAAGAAGCGUCUCGAUGAGAUGACGCGCGAGAGCACGGAGCACGAGGCCUCUGCACGGGCCGGUCGCCGUCGUUUAGGCGACCUUAUCGGGCGGAAAAAUGAGCUCAUCGCCCAGGUGGCUACCCGCCGCCUCCUCGAAAUGCCCUCGCCCGAGCGACGUGCCCACGAGGCGGGUGAGGAGGAGCUCCGCCACGAGGCGGAGAUAGGCCGGCAGCAGCGUCAGCGUCGCCAGAAGGGGAACAAGGAGGCCCGGGAUGCCGGCCUUGCCCGCCUCGAGGCACUGCAAGCUAUGGAACGUGCCGCCGCGCGCAAGCGCGAGAUGAGCAGCAAGCGCACCAUCACGCUGGAGGAGACCGAGCGCGCCCUCGCCCUCGAUGUGAGGACGGACAGGAGAAGGGCGGCCGCGGAGGAACGCCAGAGGAAGGCCGCCAGGGGCCAUGGCCCAUCUAGCUGCUAG